AGAACCCCGGACCACAGCACGGAAACGGCCCGGGGCUGAACUGCAAUCAGAUCCGGGGAUGGAGGGAGCCGGAGAAGAGGAGUGAGAAGGCCGGGGAGGCAGUCCCUGUUGUCCUCCUGGAGGCCUGCAGUCUGCUUGCAGUGAAGGACCAGGCUGCCCAGGAAAGGAAGGGGUCAGGAGGUCGGGCAGGGCCUGAGCAGGCGCAAACAAGUUUGAGAAAGGGAGCAGCAGGCGCUCCCACGCUGCCUCCUUGUCCAUAGAGCAUAGUUUAGGCCUCUGGUGGGAAAAUUAAGUCAGAACCAGGCCUCAAGGCACGACCUAGACUCUUAAGAGCCAAGUUAGGGGUAGAGGACCAAGACCUUCGGGGGUCUGAGAAAUUAAGGAGAGUAGGGGGCUUCAGGCCCUCCCACUGCAGAGCUGGAUUGGCGAGUUAGACGCUUGUAGAUCCAAAGUUGGAUUGGGGAGGGGUCUCUAGGACGUUGGCUAGCUAAGCAAGGAUUGGGGGGAUUCAAGUGCUUAGAGAUCGAAGGCAGGUCUUGGGUAGGGGGAGUCAGACAAUUGAAAAGCCUAGGUGGUUAUUUGGGGAGGGGUCUUUGCUCUUUGUCGAAGCUUCUCCUUUUUGGCUGCAGGCCUGAGGCCUUGUCAAGAGGUUUCUUUGAAUGGGUGGGCUGCUGAAGCCAGACCAAGAGCAAGAAAGUGAACAAAUCAGGAAUAUAUGGGUGGGGGGCCCCUGAGAGGGGGGUCACAAAGGGUGAGACAUGGCCACCAGGCGUUUAACCGACGCUUUCUUGUUGUUGCGGAAUAAUUCCAUCCAAAACCGGCAGCUGUUAGCCGAGCAAGUGAGUAGUCACACCACCUCCACCUGAUUGUCUAUCAGCGGAAUCUUGGAGGCUUCUGAGCCCAUGCUUGGCUGACUUCACCAUACACGCUCCCAGGGUCUCACAUGGAAGCGAGAGUUGCCAGGCUGUCAUUUUUAAGGUCCCUUCUGGACUUUUUAAAUGUUCAUUGCCACGGACAGUCCAGAAUUGUAGUACCAGAUCAAGUCAAAUUCAUGUUCUCAAGUAUGUCCAAGGAAGUUAAGAACUGGUGCAUGAAAAAGAUAGGAAAACAAUUCCAAAUCCUAGCAGUACCAAAAGCAAGUUUGUAAUACAGCUUGCUGAUGACCGUAUGGCACUGGUGUCGGGCAUCAGUUUAGAUCCAGAAGCAGCAAUUGGCGUGACAAAACGGUCCCCUCCUAAAUGGGUGGAUGGAGUGGAUGAAAUACAGUAUGAUAUUGGCCGGAUUAAACAGAAGAUGAAAGAAUUAGCCAGCCUUCAUGACAAGCAUUUAAACAGACCCACCCUGGAUGACUGCAGUGAGGAGGAGCACGCCAUUGAAAUAACCACCCAAGAGAUCACACAGCUUUUCCACAGAUGCCAGCGAGCUGUGCAGGCCUUGCCCAGCCGGGCCCACAGGGCCUGCUCCGAGCAGGAGGAGCGGCUGCUCCGGAAUGUGGUGGCCUCCCUGGCCCAGGCCCUGCAGGAGCUGUCCACCAGCUUCCGGCAUGCACAGUCGGACUACCUCAAACGCAUGAAGAAUCGAGAGGAAAGAUCCCAGCAUUUUUUCGAUACGUCAGUACCACUAAUGGAUGACGGGGAGGAUAAUACACUUUAUGAUCGGGGUUUUACAGAUGACCAGUUAGUGCUUGUGGAGCAGAAUACACUGAUGGUGGAAGAGAGAGAGCGAGAGAUUCGCCAGAUUGUACAGUCCAUUUCUGACCUGAAUGAAAUAUUUAGGGACUUAGGAGCAAUGAUUGUGGAACAGGGCACAGUCCUUGAUAGGAUUGACUAUAAUGUUGAACAGUCCUGUAUCAAAACCGAAGAUGGCUUGAAACAGCUUCACAAGGCAGAACAGUAUCAAAAGAAGAAUCGGAAAAUGCUUGUAAUUCUAAUACUAUUUGUCAUCAUCAUUGUCCUCAUUGUCAUCCUCGUCGGUGUGAAGUCCCGCUAAGUGGCAUUGGGCUCUCGUGUGUGCGGCACAUGUGGGUUUCCUAGGCGUGAGAGGUUUGGCCUACGCCCCGCCAGCUGCCUACAGAGGUGCAGCCACGAGGGACCCUCAGGCAUCAGGGCAGAGGACCUUUCCACGGACCCUCUUCACAGCCGUGCUCAAGCGAGGAGAAUGGGUUUAUGUUUUUCCUUCAUGUUGAGUAUUUAAGGACCUUUGAUACUGUUGGAGAAUAAAGAUUGAGUUCUAUGAUCAGUUUUAAUACUUUUUUUUUUUUAAGAAAGAGAAAAUGAGUUGAAAGUUAACAGGCACUGCAAAAGCUGUUCAGUGUUAUUGUGUAUAUGCUAUUUUUUUAGCAGUCAUGUCUGAGCAGCAUAUUAAAAUAAUUUUUGGAAAAAAAUUUUUUAAACCAUCUAGUUUUUAAGAAAUUUGGUACCAAAAAUUUAUGAGUAGAGGUGAAAAUGCCUCUUCAUCUUUCUCUGUAUAUUUUCCAAUUGAAAACAAACUAAGAAGUCCUUUAAGAAUUUAUAAUCCGUUCCCCAUUAACUUAAUUUAGCUUUUCCAUCACUGUUAAUGAUCAGAGUAACAAAGUGUGAAAAAUAAGAAACCAUCAUUGAUGUUAAUUAACACAUUUAGAUGGGCCAGUUAAAACAGCUUCAUAAGUUUGAAUUUAAUUGCAAAUGGAAUAUUCCUCAUUUAAAAUUUUUGCUCUGCAUUUUCUACUGUAAACCAAAAGGGGUUACUAAGCCAAACUACCUAAAUUUAAAAGUUGGUGAUUUGAAUGAACCUCAUAUUAAAGGAAGCUUGACAGUGUCAUGAAAGUCACCAGAUUCAGCUAGUGUGGCCCUCGGUGUCCCCCCACCAUCCUUAGCCCAUUACUUAUAUGCUAACUACAUAAUGACCUGUUCAAACCAGACUCCAUUUAAUGAACUGUGAAUUUACACAGAGGCCAUUUUAAAUGGGUCACCCCAUUUAGGAUUAGUGGAUUUCAAAUUAUUAACCAAACAUAACUCCAUUUCAAAGUAAAAUAUUCUACCAGUGACUUGAUUGAUUGGCUCUUCCGUUGCUACUUAGCAAUGCCCAGAGAGCAGGCAUAUUUCUGAGGGCUGUGGACAUGAUGACUAGGAAAUGUGUCGUUUGUGAGGGUGCAGAUCAGAUUACCACAGGGGGGCUUUGUCAGUUACCCACCUGUUAUCAAUAUGGUGCUCGAAAUGUUCCUGGAACUGUAGAAUAAUGUGGAAAGCGAUAACUUUGAAAACUGAAGUUGUUCAUGUUUCAUGGACCUUGUUUUGACACCACUAUCAUUUUAAUGGUCUUUGUGUAAUUUUUGAUAGCUUUUUCUUUGUUUUUGCUUCUCUUAAUGUGUUACGUUUCAUUUGGACCAGUCACAUAAAAUGUUUCUCUAGAAUUGACUGUGAAGUUGUUCCCAGAAAUUUAAACCCAAGUCCAGAGAGUCAAGUUGUCCAAACAGAUCAUGGGCUUAAUACCCAAACCUGCCUGAGUCGAUGCCUCCAGGCAGCCACUGAGUUUCUUUGACUCAUGUGGCUGUAGAAUGAAAUGACCCAAAGGUUAAAGGUGUUCCUGAGAUUUCAGGAAAUAGUGUGGUAUUCCCUGACAAACAUCUGUUAGAAAAGAGGGCCAGGGAAUAAGAACUCAGUGACUCCUCAGUCACCUCUGAAACACCGUCUUCUACCAGUCCUGAGAGUCACUCUGAGUCUCAGCUAGACGAUGACCACAGGCAGACUGUUGCUCAGGAGUGGGGCACAGGUGGGUGCUGUGCCUCAGAAACAGUCUGCAGUGACAGGAUUCCUGAAGUCUGUCUUUCCAUUGAAGAAAGUGACCCUCUAAGAAAGGAUUGCUGUUCAUUUCUAUUUAUUAACCGAAUAUGGUGAUCGGGGGUUGGUUUCAGAUCCCACCCCCCCAUUUGGGUAAAAUGAUGGAUCUGAUUAGAAAUUGUUCUAAGGAUCUCAUUUUGGAAUGGGGAACUGUCUCUUCUUUCCAAAGCCAGUUCAGGGUCAGCUAAAGCUGUCUGCUGCCAUAACUGCUGUCCUCAGGCAGGAAACAGCCUAGAUCUGGCCCCAGAGCCUGUAUCCUAACUUGUCGGGGUCCUCAAAUGACUAUAUUUUUCUGUUGAGCCUGUGUCUGGGGAAAGAUCAGUAGCAUUUGAAGAGGUAAGAGAAAAUAAUCAUGUCCUGUACCUCAGGGUUCCUCUCUGUGAAGGAGGUGGACCCCUUUCCUUGCUGGCAGCCUGCACCAGGGCACGACGUGCCCUUUGGGUCUCUCUCUUGGGCCAUGGAGAUGACAAUCGCCCAGUCUAGUCUCUUCCCUGCCUACCACGCACCUGGGGAAGAGGCUUACCUGGGAGGAGAAAGAAGUGUCCGCCCUCCAUCCUCCCAAGCUCCUGAUCUUCCCAGGAUUGUCGCUGAAAACUGCUGUCUCUUGUUUGUUCAUUUUGGGGUUGCUGGUGCUGGCUGGGCCGUGCCGUGUGAAGCAGUGUGUGUCUCUAAUUUAACAGAUUUACUGCUUUCUCUGCUAAUUGAGAGAGCAUUAUUUAUUUGUUUUGACACAAGUGCUUUCAGUGUUUUAUCCUAGCUAAUGGCUUCUUAAAGGUAAUAAAACCCUUCCAACCUAAUUGGUCAGAUUAAGACUUUUUUCUCUUGUAUGCUUAAAUAAAGCAAUUAGUGAAGCGCUUCUAUCCAAAAUGACUUUUUUUGUCCAUUUUUAAAACUAAUUUACUGUUACUGGAAACUUUUUGUACAAUAAAGCCAUCAUGCGGAUUGAAGAACA